CGCCAGAUUAAUACCUUCCGCUCGCGUGGACUGUGCCGUUUAUAGACAUCGCCUUCGCUUCUCUUACCUCUUUUGCUUCACGUCGUGCUUCACCUAGUCCUUGGCGUUUUUAUCUUGCUCCUACGACUACCAUCGCCCUGCUCGCGCUGUUUCCGCAUCUGAUUUUCGCUGUACUAUUACCUCUGCACCAUGUCCUUACCGAGGCUAUCACGGAAUGCAAGUUCUGGCAAAUGGUUUGAACUCUCAAAAUUUGAUACGCCGUACCCUUCCUACAGUGCGAGCCAAGAGCCACUGUCAAUAUCUAAAAAAUUUUCUCUCUCUCCUGACCCACAGCAAUGGGGGUCAGAUCUCUCUCCGGAUUUGGUAGAGCCAGACGAUGAUAUUCACACCCCCAAGGAACGCUCCGACCAAGUUGAAAUCGGCGGACAUGUUAUCUCAAUACGUGGGGUAACAAAUCUCGGUUGCCUCGCCAUGUUAUGUGCUGGCAUCUUGGCUUUGUUUAUGGGAUAUCCAGUGGCAUCCUAUGUCACCUCUCGGGGUCUUUCUAAUCAAGGUGGAUUCAAUUUGGGUGGCUUGAAUGCCAGCGGACAGGUUCCGGAUAUUCCUGGAAACUUUGGACUUAUAGAUCUAGACACGCCUCGAGAAGCUUACACCGUAUCAUCGUGGAACGAUCCUUCUCAAAACAUGCAGCUGGUGUUUUCAGAUGAAUUCAAUACCGACGGACGAACUUUCUAUCCUGGAGAUGAUCCAUACUGGGAAGCCGCGGAUCUCCAUUAUUGGGGUACCAACAACAUGGAAUGGUAUGAUCCAGCAGCAAUAACAACCAAGGACGGGUCUCUAGUUGUCACCUUGUCAGAGAUGGAGACCCACGAUUUGCAUUAUCAAGGCGGUAUGGUCUCGACAUGGAACAAAUUCUGUUUCACAGGGGGGUAUAUCGAGACUUCUGUGAUGUUGCCUGGCACCACUAAUGUCCUCGGUCUCUGGCCUGCUAUCUGGACCAUGGGCAACCUUGGACGUGCAGGAUAUGGUGCGACCCUUGAAGGCACGUGGCCGUAUACAUAUGACUCGUGUGAUAUUGGUACCGUCGCCAAUCAAACCAUCAACGGUGAACCUGUAGCGGCCACAGUUGACGGGGACACGGGGAAGGGCGGCAUUCUUUCAUAUCUGCCAGGACAAAGACUUUCUCGGUGUACAUGCCCAGGGGAAAGCCACCCUGGCCCAACUCAUCCCGAUGGUACCUUUGUCGGUCGUUCUGCGCCUGAGAUCGAUGUAUUUGAGGCUCAGAUUAAUCAAGACACGCUGAUAGCGCAGGUAUCCCAAUCCGGGCAAUGGGCGCCGUUCAAUCAUGCGUAUGUCUGGCAAAAUACGUCCGACAACUUCUAUGUCCGAGAUCCAUCGGUAUCGCAAUUAAACACCUUCAUGGGUAGUGUGCUCCAGCAAGCAACGUCAAUCGUGACGGACACGGAUACUCAAUGUUACGAGAAAACGGGCGGUUGUUUUUCGAUUUAUGCGUUUGAGUAUAAGCCAGGAUACAAUGACGGGUACAUAACGUGGAUAUCUGACAACCAGAUUGCAUGGUCUAUCAAAGCCGCUGGUAUGGGACCUGACUUAUCUGUUGAAAUAUCAGAACGUCCAGUACCAACGGAGCCCAUGUAUAUAAUCACGAAUUUGGGAAUGUCUACAAAUUUCGGGCCUGUCGAUAUUGAACAUCUCGGUUUCCCAGUUCACAUGGCGAUUGACUAUAUACGUGUAUAUCAGCCUAUUGACAACAUUAACAUUGGUUGUGAUCCCCGGGACUUUCCUACACAAGCGUAUAUUAACGAAUACAUUGAAGCGUACAUGAAUCCUAAUUUGACGACUUGGGUUGAUGACUUUCAAAAACCAUUCCCCAAGAACUCGUUCCUUGGCGAAUGUUAAUCGCACGGAUGAAAAUAGUCUUUUUCCCGGUGAAAGAGAUCACAUAUGAUUUCUCGGACAUCAGCCCUAUGAUACCAUUUGCAUCUUGAAAGCUUACUAUUAUCCUCAUCAGCUACUUUAUAUACAUCCCCCGGCAUUCUACGAACUCUUCUUGGCAUCGAACACUUUAUAACUGCAUAAUACCUGUUAUUGUCGCAUUAUUCUGGAGGGCGUAGACGGGAUUUUGACGACUACACUGAUCCUUGUCCUUCGGUAUAUUUGUACUACCCUGUAUUGUUAGUUUACCACUAUAAGACUUACGGAAAGGUACCAUGUUAGGGAAC